CUAACCCUCGGUCUUAUGUAUCCGAACCCACGUACCGAUGGCAAAAGAAAAAUAUUGAUUGGAUGUUUGAUACUGUCCGUGAGUCCAGCACUAAUGCUGGCUUGUAAUGAUUUGCGGCUUCGAUUUCUCAAAAACGAUAUGGCCAAUCUAGUUAGACAGUCCAUCAUCAUUAUAUGCCUAACCUUUGUCAUCAUUAAGCUUAUGAUAACGGUAUUUCGAAGUAAUGAAAUAAGGGCAUUAUUUGACGGUAUAAAUGAAGACUACGAAAAGUUCAAUUAUUUACCCGAAGAAUACCAGCAGCUCGUCGCUGAGACUAUCAAAAAGUCUAAGAGUUUAGAAAAAAUAUGGCUCAUAAUAAUGUCGGUGACCGCAUCUUCAUAUCCAGUGUUGGCUGGUGUCUGCACACUAUAUUCCAUGAUGUUUUCUGAUAAUCCUCGAAGAUUCAUGGUGCAUGAGAUGGAAGUAUUUUAUCUGACUACGGAACAAAAAUAUGAAAGUCCCUAUUUUGAGAUACUUGCAAUUUACAGUAUUUUCGUGGUUGGGGUCGUAUUUAUUGAAUUCACAGGUUUCGAUGGAAUGUUCUCCGUUAGCGUGUUCCAUGUAUCUUUGAAAAUAAAAAUAUUUAGCUUAAACUUGAAGUACAUGUUUGUUGAUGCAACUGAUACCCCAACAAUAAAAAAGCGUAUUGCAAAAUUCGUCAAAGACCACUGUGAAGUGAGCAGGUUGAUCGGUGAAAUUCAGAAAUGUUUUGAAAUUUGGUUGGUCGGAAUUUUUGUCAACGCGAUCUUACAAACUGGGAUGGCGCUGAGUCAAAUAACAACGAAUGUCAAUAAGGAUAUAAACGGCGUAUACUACUUAUUUGCAGUAGCUACCAUCAUCCAUGUUUACCUGCCGUGCUACCUCAUCUCGGACGUUACUUACAAUGCUGCCGAAGUAGCGAAUGUAGCUUACAGUUCUUCGUGGGAAAUGGUUGAGGAUGUGAAUAUAAAAAAGUGUAUUUGUCUCAUCAUUACCAAGGCUCAAAUCCCGAUACAGUUCAGGGCUCUUGGGAUGAUAACUUUUAACAUGGAGAUGUUUGUGUCGAUACUUCAAACAUCGUAUUCCAUGUACACUUUACUGAGAAAAUAAGCUUCAGUUACUAUUGCCAGAAUUCGCAGUGUAAUGUAUUUAUUAAUAAAGUCAUAAUAUAAUAUAUGUAUC